UUGUUUUUUUUUUCCUUCAGGUAUUCACGAGCAGCCCAUGGAAGAAUCAUAUGAAGAGGUGGACAUUGAAAUUACAGAGCAGGAGUGGCCAUGUUUGGAUUUCCAACAGCUACCCUGCUGGACUGUCAUGGAAGAUAUGCCCAGAAUGUAGCCUUUUUCAAUGUGAUGACAGAAGCCCACAAAUAUGAGCACUCUGAGGCCACAGGAUCCUCAAGCUGGGACUUCCCAAGUUCCUUCCGAAGGGAGAAGCUGGAACCCAAAUCCCAAGAUUCUAAGUCACUACAGGAAGACUCACCCGGAGUGAGACAGAAGGUCUAUGAGUGCCAGGAAUGUGGGAAGUCCUUCCGGCAAAAAGGCAGUCUAACCUUACAUGAGAGAAUCCACACGGGUCAGAAGCCCUUCGAGUGUACCCACUGUGGGAAAAGUUUCAGGGCCAAAGGCAAUCUUGUCACCCACCAGCGAAUACACACAGGAGAGAAGCCCUAUCAGUGCCAGGAGUGUGGGAAAAGCUUCAGUCAGCGAGGCAGUCUGGCUGUGCACGAGCGGCUCCACACCGGACAGAAACCCUAUGAGUGUGCCAUCUGCCAGAGAAGCUUCCGGAACCAGAGCAACCUGGCCGUGCACCGAAGAGUUCACAGCGGGGAGAAGCCCUACAGGUGUGAGCAGUGUGGGAAAGCCUUCAGUCAGAAAGGAAGCUUAAUUGUCCACAUAAGAGUCCAUACCGGCCUUAAGCCCUACGCCUGUCCCCAGUGCAGGAAGAGUUUUCACACCAGGGGAAAUUGUGUCCUGCAUGGCAAAGUCCACACAGGAGAAACGCCCUACCUGUGUGGCCAGUGUGGAAAGAGCUUCACCCAGAGGGGCAGUCUGGCUGUGCACCAGAGAAGGGACCUCAAAGAAAAACCCUACAGAUGUGGGCAGUGCGGGAAAAGCUUCACACGGAGCUCCAGCCUGCUCAUCCACCAUGCCGUCCACACGGACGAGAAACCUUACAAGUGUGACAAGUGCGGGAAAGGCUUCACGCGGAGCUCCAGCCUGCUCAUCCACCACGCCGUCCACACUGGAGAGAAACCUCACAAAUGUGACAAGUGCGGGAAAGGCUUCAGCCAGAGCUCCAAACUGCAUAUCCACCAGCGAGUGCACACGGGGGAGAAGCCCUACGAGUGUGGGGAGUGUGGCAUGAGUUUCAGUCAGCGCUCAAACCUGCACAUACACCAGCGGGUGCACACAGGAGAGAGGCCCUACAAGUGCAGGGAGUGUGGGAAAGGCUUCAGCCAGAGUUCGAACCUGCACAUUCACCGGUGCAUCCACACGGGAGAGAAACCCUACCAGUGCUACGAGUGUGGGAAGGGCUUCAGCCAGAGCUCAGACCUUCGCAUUCACCUCCGUGUCCACACCGGAGAGAAGCCCUACCACUGUGGCAGGUGUGGGAAAGGCUUUAGUCAGAGCUCCAAGCUCCUCAUCCACCAGCGGGUACACACUGGGGAGAAGCCUUACGAGUGCGGCCAGUGUGGGAAGGGCUUCAGUCAGAGCUCCAACCUCCACAUCCACCAGCGGGUACACAGCAAGGACCCUCGCUGAGAGACAUGGGCCUGCUCAGUCCUUCAGAAUAUUUGUGUUGUGAAGAUGCAAUAUUUUGAAGCCAAGUACCAGUGGUUCAUGCCUAUAAUCAUUGUUAUUCAGGAGGCUGAAAUCUG